CCAAUGGCGGCGAAGCAGGACUGCGAGAUGAACGGCACCGAUUCUGUCAUGAGAAUUUAUUAAAGGUCUUUAUAAUAUUAAGGUCUGUGGUGUUGGUGAAGUCAUGGUGCCAGCCAGAAUGAAACUCAAAGACAGCUCUUGCAAGAUGAGGGCUCACUGUUACUGGAAUACAAACUGGGGCAAUAGCCUGAAAAACAUCAGCUGUCUUCUACCUGUUUCUGAGCCAGAAAACGGACGAGCUUUUUCUAAGAAAGAGACGCUAAUCCACAUGCUACGCUACUUUGACUUUCUCCAGACUCAUAUUCAGAGAUUACACAGCAACCUUCCUCCUCACUACCUCCCUCAGCCCAAUGACAGAGGGUCCGAUUCAGAGAGUGACGACACAGCUCACUCAGAGCUCUGCACACCUCCGUGCAUCUUAAAAGCCAAACGAAAAUAUAGCUGUGGUCGCUCCCGCAAGAAAGACACACCGAAUUCAGAACUGAUUGAUGACAAAAGCCAGACUCUUCGUAAAGAAGAUGCUGAUAGAAAUGUAACGACAAUCACGAAUGGAGACGGUCCCCAUGCACGGGCUGCUGAUGAAACUGCGGGGUCUGCUGAGGACAGCUUGCUUCCAUGUUCUUCUGAUUCCAACUACAGUGUCGGUGCAGUUCUACCAACAACCUCGUCGUCCACAGCAGGAAGCAGUGUGGAUCAGGAAUCACCAUGUCAAGGACUUGGAAGCCAGUGCUCUAUCUGUGAUGAUAGGACAGGAAGUGAAGAUGGGAGUCAAGGAAGCAAGGAGCUUGCUUCUCCUCCUUCAGGGUCGUUUAUUCUGAAAGAUGAAAUGUUUGGAGUUCUUCCAUCUUCGGGCAAAACCCAGCUGGAUGAUAGUCCCACCCUCCCACAGACACCUAUGCUGCCAUUUCUGCCACUGCUGGGAUUUCAAGAAGGCCUAAAUCUCAGUCCCUCGCUGCUCACAUCACCAGCUCGAGGCCUCAGUCACACACUGCUACCUGAUGGACAGGAGGAACUGCAGACGUUAUUUGAAGAUGUGUGGGUCACUCCUAAACCUGCUGCUCCCAAGCAUUGCACGCGUGGCAAUGACAGCCCUGCCUUCUCUCAGAGCAAGGAAGAGGACAGACAUUCAGAUGACAUCACCUGGAGCCCAAAUCAGCUCAUCCAUAUGAAGAAAGGAUGGAAAGGUCACCAUAAGAAGGCCUCCAGAAAAGGCCAGGCUGUUUCAGGCCUGAAGAAGAAGAAAUGUGUGAACGGUUUUAUCAUGUUCUGUCGCAUGAACAGGAGAUUGUAUCUCAGGACCCACCCAGGGCUUCCUUCUACUGUAGUGACCAAAGAGCUGGCCAACUUGUGGUGCAUCAUGCCUAAACAAGAGAGGCGUGUUUACUGUCUGAAAGCCCGACAGUUCAGUCGUCAGCACAACCGUAAUGUGCGUGUAAGCGAAGGCCAGGAGGCAGAAGAGGAGAAGGAGGACUACGUUCCCAGUCCACUGCACGUCUUACUGGCGCACAGAGACCUGUGGUUCACCUCCAACGCAAAGCCCUGAGCAUGUUCUUUAUUCUCUCACUGCAACUACACCACACCGAGAUGCUAUCUAAGCGUUUCUCAUUGUGGGGAAAAAAAUCAGCCAAAGGGAAAUUUACACCAGUAACUUAAAGCUAGUCGAUCAGCAGAGACAUGUUUGGUCCCUGAAGUUUGCCUCAUUCAUUAUUUAGUUCACUAGUAAUUGAAGCUUACAGCCACCAGUUUAUCAGCUCAAUCCAUGUGGAGUGGUUCAUAUUUGAUGACGUGGUUUCUUGAAGCCAAAAUCCCUUUUUUUUCUUUAGCAGAAACAUAUUUUGCCUAUUUAUUAUGCUUCUUAUUAUUAUUAUUAUUAUUAGUAGUAGUAGUAGUAGUAGUAGUAGUAUUAGUAGUAUUAGUAGUAUUAGUAGUAGUAGUAGUAGCAGUAGUAGUAGUAGUAGUAUUAGUAGUAGUAGUAAUAUUAGUAGUAG